GAAAGGUUGGGUUAGGUUAUAAUACAUGUUUUUAUAUUUUGACAUUUUAUUUUUAGGUUAUAUUUACAAUUUUCACACAGGCAUUGACGUAUUUUUUUUUUAACAAUUGGCUGAUUUUUAUUGUGUUUUAACAUUUAGGAUUUUAAAAAAGAAAAAAUGGAUUUACAUGAAAAAUUCAAAAAUUUGCCAAUAGUAGAUUUAUCAAUAAUACUUGGCGAUGAAAAUAGUGAAACAUUAAUUAAUCGUCUAAUAAAAAAUUACAAUGACGAAUUAACAACAUCAACAACAAUAGAUAUAAAUAAUUUAAAAAUCUAUCAAAUGAUUCUCUACAAUGAUUAUCAGAAAAAAUUAUCCAAAAAAACAUCAUUAGAAAAUAAUCUCUCAAUUGACAAAUUAUUUUCCAAUUCGAAAAAUUUCACUCAAGAACAAUUUACAUUAAUUAAGGAUAUCAUUAUUUUACGACUAUUUCUUGAAUCAAUAAAUAUUUAUCGUGAAUUUGAUAAUUUUCACUGUAAGAAAAAUUUAAAUUCAUUAAUGAUAAAUAAUGAUGAUGAGAAAAAUUAUUUUAUGAAUUUUAUUGAAUGUUUCGUUGAUGUCGUUUGUUUAUAUAAAUUUAUGAAUAAAGAAAAUUUUUCCUAUGAAAAUUGGAGAAAUUUGGAUUUUAAAAUUUCAAAAGAUUUGGAAAUUUGGUAUUUAAAUAAAAAUGAGAAUGAAGGGAAAAUGCUCGUUUCACUUUUACCAAAAUUAAUUGAAAUCACUUUUAACGAGAGUUUAAAAAUACUUUGGCGUUUAUUGAGGGAUAAUAAUGAUUUAAUGGGAUUUUGUAUAUUUAUUAAUUUCUUAUCAAAUGAGAAAGAAAAUUUUUACUUAUUUCUCAACGAUCAAUUAUUUUGGACAAUUAUUUUAAAUGGACUAAAAUCACGCAUCGAAUCAAUGAGAAAACAAGCGAUGUUUAUUUUUAAAAUAAUCACCGAAUUUUUACACAAUGAAAAUAAUUUGCAAAUUAGUAAAAAUUUAAUUGCAAAUAAUUUGGAAAUUUGUCAAAAAUCAAAAAUUCCUUUCACUUGUGAAUUAAAUCGAAAUUCAAUUUUAACAACGAGAAAUAAUUAUAUUCUCAUUCUCGAAUCAUUGGAGGAGAAAAAACAAAAUCUUGUACUUCCUACAUUUGCAAUUUUAAAUAAUCUUCACGACGCUUAUCUUGAGCAUCGGAAUUGUGGCAAUUGUUUUGAUUUCAAGUGGUUUGCGUGUAUUUUGGAAAAAAUUCUUCGUCACGAAAGUAAUGCAAUUGUUAAACGUGGUGUAUUUUUUAUUCUCGAAUUAAAUCCCAAUGAUGAUGAUGAUGAUUUUAUUAUUUUGUUUACUAAAGCCCUCAAUAAUCGUUUUCUCUACGAAAUCGAAAAUGAUGAGAGCAGUUUGAAAAUUUAUAAAGAACUUUGUCAUUUUCUCGAGAGAAGGGGAGAAAAUUUUAUUAAUAAAUUUUUAUCAUCAAUCGCCGAAAUUUCUUGGGAUCCAAUUUCAAUUUUUUAUGUAACUUUAGCAUUGUCAAAGAUGAAAAUUUCAUUUCAAUUGAGGGAGGAAAAAAAUUUGAUGAGUCUGAAAAAAUUAAUUGAAUUAAAUCUUUGUCAUCAUUCGACAAUAUUGAGAAAAGCGUCGCAAAAAAAUAUUCUUAUUACAAUAAUUCGUGAUGAGAAAAUAAAUUUAGAAAUUUUGGGAAAUUUUCUCAUCACAUUCCCACGUGAUGAUGAAUUAAUUGUUCGUGAUUCUGAAUCAUGGCAAAUAAUUCUUGAUUUUUUAAAACGAAUUGAAGUCAAUAAUUUAGAAAUAAAAAAAUAUAUUUGUGAAUCUUGUGAAAAAAUUCGUGAGGGAUGUGAAAUAAAUAUUGAAGCAUUUGCACAAAUUUUGGCAAUAAUUGAAGAUUUUUCUCAUUUAAAUGAUGAAAAUGGACGAGAAGAUUUGUAUCAAUUAUUGUAUAAUAUACAAAAUAUUAAUUUGAGACAUUAUAUAAAUUACGAAUUAAUUGAUCGUAUUAUUGAAUUAAUUUUUCGUCUUUUGAAUUACAAUGAUAUUUUUUACAAUUUUCUUCUUCCAUUUCGCGAUGAUAUUGUCGAUUUUUUACUAUUAAUUCCAAAAAAAUCACAAUUAAAUUAUACGGUAAUAUUAAAAUAUUCGGAAUAUUUGAAAAUUUUUCAUAAUCUCAGAAAAAAAAUAAAAAAUGAUGAUUUAAAUUUUUUCCCUAAACUCGAAAAUGAAGCAUUGUAUUGUUUAAAAAUUGAAAAUAAUUGCCCACCAUUGCGACGACUUUAUGGAUUGAAAAUUUUGGAAAUUUGUCAAAAUAUGAAAAAUGGAUUUUUAACAAAGGAAAUUAUUUCACAAUUAUUGGAGAAUUUUUUCAAUCGAUCAUUAAUAUUCGAAGAAGAAAUGAUGGGAAUGAAAGGACGAGCAACAAUGGAAUAUUAUUUAACAUUUGGAAAAAUUAUCGAUUUUUAUUUACAAAUAAAUUCCAAUGAUAUUCCGAAUAAUUGUCUUGCGAUUGCUUCUGCAUUAUUUGAUAAGGCAGGAGCGAAUGGUGUUCCAUUUGUAAUUGGAAUUUUAUCGAAAAUUUUGAAACAAAAGUCAUUUUCGAUGAAUGAAGAUUUUUAUAGUGAAAAAUGUUUAAUUGAAACAUGUUGGAAAUCAAUUUUAACGGGAAAGAAAAAUCGAUUUUUUUGGAUAACAUUGGAUAAUAUUUUUCAAAUUAUUUUAAAUAUAAAUUUUUUUCAAGCUGAAAAGAAUUUUGUAAUUGAGUUGCUUAAUGAAAUUCUAAACGAAGGUGAAACAGCUCCAAGUAUAAAAAUAUAUUUUUUAAAAAAUUUACAAAAUUUAGAUUCAAAAUCACUAAUUUUCUUUGAAGAAGCAAUUUUUAAUUGUCUUCAUCAUGGACAAGCACCGCGUAAAGAUACAAAAAUUGAAUUACAAACAUAUGAAUUUUUGUCAAAACAAAAUGAUGAUAAUUCAACGACAAUUCAAAAUCAUAAUAUUGACAAUGAAAUUAGAGCACGUGGAUUUAUUUUCUUUCAUCGAGCAUUAUGUGUUGAUGAAAAUUUUUCCACUGAUAUUUUGCAUUUUGCGAUAAAAAGUUUGAAAAAAUUUAAAGGAAAACGUUAUUUUAGCGAUUCGAAUUCUCAUCGAAUUCAGCAGAGAAUUUUUCAAACUCUACUGAUUUUGGAACCAAUAUUAAAUAUGGACUGUAGGAAGAAAUUGAGAGAAGAAAUAAUUGAUAUUGUUUUAUACAAUACUGCCGAUCAACCAAGCGUUCAUAUUAUGAUGUCCUGGAUUUUAUCGAAAAUUUUUUCGAGUCAAAAAAAUGAUACAAGUGAUUUAUGGAAUUUUUUCAAGGAGGUUAAAGAGAAACGACCGGGAAAUUUGAAAUUUGUAGCUGGUGUAAUUUUGCAAAUUUCUAAACUCUUAAAAAAAGAUGAUGAAAAUUUUAAUAAUUUUCAUAAAACUGCUAUAUCACUUCUUGCUCCUGAAUGUUUGGGUCCAAAUUUUAAUACUCGUCUCGCUUGUCAGAUAGUUUUAGUGAAAUUUUACGAAAAAAUUGACGAUUAUGAUAAUUUAUAUAAAGCAAUUAUUGAAACAUUAGAUCAGAGAAAUUUUCCAAUAGCUAAUGAAUUUUAUUACGAGGAUUUUCAUUUGUUAAAUAAUUACAAUUUACAGUCUAUUUAUUAUGAAGUUCCACGUUUAACAAAUAUGAGUAGCGACGAAUUAAUUUCGCCGAUAAUAUUCGAAAAUUAUGGAUUUAUUCAAAUGGAAAAACAUCCUUUGAAAUUAUUUGACGAAUUAAACUCAUUAAGUCGAAUAGAAUUAAUUCCGAGUAAAAUAAAAUCACGAGAAAAGAACGAAGCGUCAAUGAAUGAUUGUUGUGUUGAUCUACAAAAAAAAAUUGUACCCGAUAAAUUGACAAUUUUUGAUGUUCGCGAUGAUUGUAUAAAAAAUGUUGAGAAUGAAUCAAUAAUUGUUGUGGCCUCACUUGUGGAAAGAAUUCCAAAUCUCGGUGGAAUUGCAAGAACUUGUGAAAUAUUUGGCGCUGGUGAAAUGGUUUUAGCGAAUAAAAUGUGCAUUGAAAACAAGGAAUUUCAAUCUCUUAGUGUCACAGCUGAAAAAUGGCUAAAAAUCACUGAGGUAAAACCACAUGAUUUAUCAAAAUAUUUAAUGAAAAUGAAAGAAAAAGGAUGGAAAUUAAUUGGCUUAGAGCAAACUGCCAAUAGUUGUAGUCUUUUGGAGAAAAAAUUUGAGAAAAAGACUGUUUUACUUCUUGGAAACGAAAAAGAUGGAAUACCACCAAAUUUAAUACCAAUUUUAGAUAAUUGCGUGGAAAUUCCACAAGUUGGAGUCAUAAGAUCGUUAAAUGUCCACGUGACUGGUGCAAUUUGCAUUUGGGAAUAUGCCAAACAACAUUCUUCUUUUUAAUAAUAAAUAUGAAAACAAAAUUUCUAAUGAAAAAAAAUUUUUUUUUAUAUAUAAAUACAAAUAAUUUUUAAUUAAUUCAUUAUAUUUUUCUAUUUUUUUCAUUUAAAAUAAAACAAUUGAUAAAAAAAUAUAUAAUUUUUAUUUCCUUUAACUCUUUUACAUCCAGAAAAAACUAUAAAAGGAAAAGAAAUUUGCAGUUUUAGGGUCGCUGAUUACGAAUCUAAGAUCAGUUUUUCAAAAUUCAAACUAACGGAUCCAAUAUGGCGAUGGAGAAAUUUAAAAAUUGUUUACAUGCAAUUUAUGUCAUUUGAAUUUUAUAUAUGUUAAAUGAAAUUUAUGUCAUUGGACAUUUAAUUAACCUAAUCAUAUUUGAUAAGGCAGAAAUUAUAUUGACCAACGGUCAACUUUUAUGUACGCAUCUCUUACGAUUAUUUUCGUACAUGGCUUCUGAAAAAAGUUGGUCGUAUCUCGCUGCUGGAGUACGGGGUAUUAUUUAUUUUAAUUUAUUAAAAAUGACGCACAUAUAGAAAGUAACAUCUAUAUUCUCGUUGACUUAUUAAAAAAAAUAUUUUAUUGAUUUAUUAUUUUCGUCACCGAUUAACGUCAUAGUUUAAAAAUUUCUGUUCAUUUUUAAACACCUAUACAAACAAUAAAAACUAGAAAUGGUUACUUGCGUCUAAUAUUUUUUAAAUGACUUAAAAGACUUUUUUUAUUCUAAUUUAUUAUUAAGAACACAAAUAGACGCAAUAGCAACUAUAUAUUAUUGUUGAAUUAUUCCAAAAAAGUUCUAUUGAUUUAAUAUUAUCGUCAUCGAUUACCGUCAUCGAUUAUAAAAAUUCUGCCGAUUUUCACACCUAUGUAAACUGUAAAAAAUAUAUAAAAAGUAAAAGUUAACUAAUUUUUUAUCAAAGUUGUCAAACGAGUAGUCACUCGUGAAAUAGUAAAUCAUGAUUUCGUUAAUAUUAAUAAAAUUGCUUCUAAUAUUUGUGUCGAGUACAAUUUCACAGCCUACACUGCCAUGGAAUUUGACACUAACUGCACGAGCUAUCGAGCCUUUAGUUCGAGAUAAUUCAGGAUCACUGACCAAUCAAAGAACUAAAUAUCAAACCUUCAAUGAUAAUACUAAUUUUGGUAUAAUAAUUAAACAAGGUACAACAUUUAGCUUAACGGUAGAGACACCUUCCAAAAUAGAAGAUUUAAAGUUUUUCUGUUUUCCUUAUCCACAACAUGAAAAAAAAUUAAUCAAAUUAAAUCUUACCGGAAAAACAAAUUGCACAAAUACAUUAACAACAAAUUAUGAUUGUGUACCUAUGGUAUCCGCAUCAAAAAAUGUUCCAUUACGGAUGAUAAUUAAAACCAAAAACUGGUUUCCAUUGUCAACUAACAAUUCUAAUGAUGUGUCACUUCCAAAAUCACAAGGAAAAGGAAUUUCACACAAAAUAGAAAAUAAUUUAAAAUAUUCAUUUCAUGCAUUAGGUUAUAAUGAUUUGGAAUUUUUAACAAUAUUGAUAAAUUACAAGAACAUGACAAUAGAAUUACAACAAUUGCAAAAAAAAAUUCAUUCGAACUUUCAACAAGAAGUAUAUUUUUGGAUCAGUUUAGAACGAAAUGGUUUAUCAAUUUUUGAGUAUAAAUUUUUAGGUUGUCCCCCAUGUGGUACAAAGCUUAUUAAUGCGGUGGAAAAAUUUGAGUUAAAUGAUGUAAUUCAUUUUUAUCAUGCCGAACCAGGUCGUUUUAAAUCAAAUCUCGAAGGAUUAAAUUAUAAAAAAACAAGUAAUUCUUUUAUUUUAUCAAAUACAGGUUUGGAGACCUUAAAAUAAAAUGGAACAGAAUUAAAUAAUUUAAAAUAAUCAUUCGAUGCUUUAGUUCUUGUUGAUAAGAUGUUUUUAAAAAUAUUUUUUGUAGUGUAGCACAUAGCCAUAAUUUUGUUUUAACACAGUAGGGUUUGCGCCAUGCCACAUUAAUGAUAUGAUUCUUACAAUAAUUUUUUUUAAUGCAAUAAAAUUGUUAAAUUUAAUUUGGAAUUGAAAAUAAUUUUAAGUUACAAUGCAUUAUAUUAACAUUAAUUUGCAAAUUAUAUUCGUAUAUUGCGAUUUUAAUGACUUGGAAGCGUACACUCCAAUGAAAUUGGGAUGAAAACUAGAUUAAUUAAGUCUAGUAUAAAUUACAUACAUAAACUAUGAAAUAUACUGUAAUAGAAUGUUUAUUAAACAAUAUUAAUAAUGCAACUUAUGUUAAUUUAUGUAUUAUGAGAAAUAUAUAAUUUACAAUAAAUAUAUAAAAUAUACAUAA